AUGCCUCUGCCAAAGCUCAGUCCGCUGCAAUCGCGGCUGGCUGCGUCUCUCAUGGGAUCAAUUAUGCUCCUGAUAUUAUAUCUGACGUUUUCAUCCUCUCACUUCGCAUAUGCCGCCGAUGUUGAUUCGAUACGACCAGAAGAUCAUAACCAUGAGAGGUUGAUGGAUAUAAAUAUCUUGGAACUGGAUAGUGAGCACGACGUUAUAGAAGUAGGAGCCGAAGAAUAUGAGGCCGAAUUUGUAGGAUUUGAUCGGAGCAUCAUUGGGAGGAUUGCAUCGGAGACUGACCCCAUUCCAUUACUUAACAAUCGCGUUGUAACGACAAACAUCGAACAAGGACAAACGAUAUCGUUUUCGUUCCUAAACUCCUCAUUAUGGGGUGCCCUUUCUCCAAAAGCAAGCGGUCUACCUUCUCCUGUCCAGUUUCGGAAAAGGAAUGCUGGAAGUGCCGCUGAUACUGGUGAGGUGGCUUUCGAGAUUCCGGACCGCGAGUUUAUUGGAGUCAAAGACGAGGAGCAGAUUCUGUCCGGAGAUCAGGGUGCAGAUUCCACAUUGUGGCCUCGACAAUCUAGCUCCGCGAGUACUAGGGUGCUAUAUAUCACGGUUAAUACCUGCACGCAGCCAGAAGCUAAAGGGGCAAACAUGGAGGCACCCUCGCAGCUAGAACUCUACAUAUCUGAGUCUGGGGAGAACAAGAAUCCGGGACCUGGACAGGACGACAGUCUACAGCAAUCUUACAAAUUAGAUGGUGGAGCCGCGGUAGUAACUUUGAAUGCCACCGGGGAUGUUUACAUUGGUCUGUCGGGCUCGAAUAUGAGCGCGGACUACACAGGCAUAUGGAACGCGCAGAUUGCUGCAUCGAUUGACGCGCCUUACCAUUAUUACAACAGCGACGAGUCAAAUCUCCUUCUUGUGGAUAGUGAUAGAGGGUCAGCUCUGCUUGUUACCCAUGAUCUCACCACAGAUAAUGGCUCAAUAUACAAUGAUUGGGUUAAUCUGACACCUCCCUUUACCAUGUUCGCCAGCAAAACGGCAAAUUCUUCCAUUACAGGCCUGCAAUAUUCGUAUUGUGGAUUGGAGAAUAAGGCGGAAAUAGCAGGAACCAUUAAUGGAGGUCAGAGUACUGGCAAAAUCCAAGUGUCGAUGACUACGAGGGGGGAGGAUGACUAUCCCAAACAGCAAUUAUAUUUUGACGGGUUAACUGCUGGCACAUCCUACUAUGGUAUUCUCGCAAUGAAUGGUAACGCAACCGCUCUUGGGCGCGAGGGAGUCGGCGGUGGUGGACAAGUCUGGAAAACCAUGACCUUUUCGACAAUUUCGGCCGACAAUUGCGCUCUCGUGUAUAAUCUCACAUUUUGCGAUCAGGUUGCUUGGACAGUUCCGUCAAAUCCCAACAACUUUCCAAACACUUCCGCUCUUGCAGAAUGGUACGAUAAAUCUACCUACGAGUCUUACAAGUAUUUCAAGAAAGCUUUAGCACAGAUUCCUUGCAACACUACUUCGUCUGCUCAGUAUUCGCUUGCUCAAAAUUGCACUACUUGUGAUGCUGCGUAUAAAAACUGGCUUUGUUCAGUCACCAUCCCAAGAUGUACGGAUUUUUCAAAUGAUCUUCCAUGGUUACAGGAACGGGCUAUGGGACAGCCGUUUCCAAACCAUACAAUGCUUAGUUCCGAGCAACUCAGCCUAGCAAACUCUUCAUUGGCUAUGAACGGUUCUCGAAAUGUGGCUAUCGAUACACAGGUCCAGCCCGGGCCUUAUAAGGAGAUCUUACCUUGCGAGGAUCUAUGCUAUGGGAUUGUCCGUGCCUGCCCUGCCAUCAUGAACUUCGCGUGCCCAACCCCAGGAGAUACAGGCUUUGAUACAAGUUAUGGCGUACGAAGAACGGCAAAUGAAAGCGGGCAAGUUACGUGCAAUUAUCCCGGUGCUGUACAUGAUCGGUCUGUUGGGAGUAUAAGCUCGAUUCCACAAACAAUGGCAUUUGGAGCGGCAAUGUUGAGUACGAUGUUCAUGUUCAGUGGCAUCUGA